UAUUUGGCAGUGUUCGUCUGUUCUCUCUUCGUGUUCGCGUUAGUGUGUUCUGUUUGAGAUUGACUUGAAGUGGUCGGCGACUGUGUUUGUACUGAUUGUACUGAGUGGGCGUAGGUCUGACUCCAGAAUCAAGUAGAGAAAUUCAUCAUGUCUUAUUCGAACCAAUAUAUCUACGCUACCUUGCCACGGACGGCCAGGGGCCAGCCGAUUGUACUCGGUGGAGAUCCGAAAGGGAAGAACUUUCUUUACACUAAUGGAAAUAGUGUCAUCAUUCGUAACAUCGAAAAUCCAGCCAUAUCCGAUGUUUACACCGAACAUUCCUGUGCUGUAAAUGUUGCAAAAUACUCUCCUAGUGGUUUCUACAUUGCUUCUGGUGAUCAGUCAGGAAAAGUGAGAAUUUGGGACACUGUCAACAAAGAGCAUCUUUUGAAAAAUGAGUUUCAACCAAUUGGAGGACCAAUCAAGGAUAUUUCCUGGUCAAUGGAUAACCAAAGAAUGGUUGUUGUUGGAGAGGGUAGAGAAAGGUUUGGACAUGUCUUCAUGUCAGAGACUGGUACUUCGGUUGGAGAGAUCUCGGGCCAAUCUAAACCAAUCAAUUCGUGCGAUUUCCGUCCAGCGAGACCAUUCAGGAUUGUCACGGGUAGUGAGGACAACACUAUCGGUGUUUUUGAGGGUCCUCCAUUUAAGUUCAAAAUGACCAAACAGGAACAUACAAGAUUUGUCCAGGCUGUUCGUUAUUCCCCCAAUGGCAGCCAUUUUGCUUCGGGUGGUUUCGAUGGAAAAGUCUUCAUCUACGAUGGAACGUCUGCCGAUUUGGUGGGUGAGGUUGGCAGCCCUGCACACAAAGGAGGAGUUUAUGGGGUUGCUUGGAAACCGGAUGGCACUCAGCUGUUGACAGCAUCAGGAGACAAAACGUGCAAGCUGUGGGACGUGGAGACACGAUCUGUCGUCAGUGAGUUUGUUAUGGGGUCUCAGGUGGAGGAUCAACAGGUAUCCUGUCUGUGGCAAGGUCAGUACCUCCUGACUGUAUCACUCAGUGGUUUCAUCUCUUACUUGGAUGUGAAUAACCCGGACAAACCCAUACGAGUCAUCAAGGGUCAUAACAAACCAAUCACAGUUUUGACGCUGAGUCCAGAUCGCAGCACCAUCUACACUGGCUCCCAUGAUGGUUACAUAACUGCGUGGGCUGCUAAAACUGGUGAGACAGAGAGGAUAGCUGGGGCAGGCCACGGUAACCAGAUCAACAGUAUGCGGACAGUGAACGGCCUGAUGUACACAUGCGGGAUAGAUGAUAGUGUGAAGCAGGUGGACACAGUGAGUCAAGCAUACACCAGCGUCGAGGUGAAGCUGGGCUCACAGCCGAGGGGAAUGGACUUGCACGGUGAUAUCAUCGUAGCGGCCACCAUUAAGGAGAUUUGUGUGCUGCAAAACAAUAGAAAAGUUUCCAGCAUCCCUGUUAGUUACGAACCGUCCUGCGUAUCCAUUGGAGGAGACAAACCCUUUGUGGCCGUCGGUGGCACUGUCGAUAACAAGGUACACAUAUACCAGUUGUCGGGGACGACCCUGAGUGAGUGGAAGGAGUGUGAACACUUGGGUUCGGUGACGGACUGCAGCUUCUCACCCAACGGAGAGUAUCUGGUGGCAUGCGAUGUCAACCGGAAGGUCAUCCUCUACAAGGUUCCUGAGUUUGAGUUGGCACACAACAAGGAGUGGGGCUUUCACAAUGCGAGGGUGAACUGUGUGGCCUGGUCACCUAACUCACAGCAAGUCGCCAGCGGUAGUCUCGAUACCACCAUCAUCAUCUGGAGUGUGGCCUUCCCCAGCAAACACACCAUCAUCAAGAAUGCUCACCCACAGAGUCAGAUCACUCAGCUGGCGUGGGUAGAUGACCAAACACUUGUCUCCGUCGGCCAAGACUGUAACACCAAAGUGUGGAAUAUCGCUCCUGUCCAGUAACCUGUAUUUACCAAAUCAAAUCAAAGGGUGCAGACAUGUUUGCAGAAAGAGCACUGGGCCUUCUUCAUUAAAGACUUUAUCCAUGAAGUAACAAUUUUAGCUAUUUAUUUAGGUCCAUUUUUAUUAUUUUCAUUGAGUAUUAUUUUGCUAUGCACAAUUUUAUUGUCAGAUUCAAAAAUAUGGAGGAGUUAACUAAAAUAAACUAAGCAAUAGUCUAUAGAUCAUGCAAUGAUCCUCAGUUUGAUGCAUUCAGAAACUCAAACUAACUCUUUAAUAUGCUAAUUAUUUGCCUAGUAUGAGUUUAAAACUUAUCAAUUUUAGUUUGCCUCCAGGUUUAUGUUUUGUCAUACAGUUUACAAUAUUUAUAAAUUAUGUAGCUUGACAAGAUGAUAAAACUUAGUUUACUUGCAAGUAUUAUACUGGAGUAUUUAACGUAUUUUUCAUGGAUAAAGUUUCAAUCUUUUGUAUUAAUUUACUUAAAAAAUAUGCAAUAGUGUGCUUAUACUAAUUACUGAGGGUUCAUAGGCAUUUUAGCUAAAGAAAUUUCAAUAUUAUAUAAAUAUUAUGAAUAUUAGUUUCAUAUCUCUUCAGAGGUCGCACCUGUGUCAGUUUACCCCACAUUUUUCUAAUAUUUCUUUGUUAUUAUAAAAACAUCAAAUCUCGAUUUAUCCCUUCUCAUUUUUGAGCAUUUUUUCAUUCUUGCCUUCCCUCCUGCCGACAUGGCAAUAUGACUCAUGUAAUGUUAUAAAAGUGUUAAUAAAACGUACAGUUUAACAUUUUUGUUCAACUAUUUCUAUUUACUGGUGACUUUUUCAUUUUAAACAAAUAUUUUAUUCAAGUUACUAAAUACCUACAUGUGUUUACGAGCAACCUCUUGUGUUUUAAAUUUUAUCCUGCAACAGAUUUUUUAAAGAGUAUUUAUAAACUGAAAUGGAAGUUUAAAAGAAUACAAAUAUAUAUGUUUUUUGGAAAAAGGGUUUUAAAAACGAAAUCGCUAAUUAUAUGUGAACAAUGCCAUCUCUUGUGUGCAGAAAUAGGUGUGACCUCUUAGAGGUAUUACAGAAUUAUACAGUCCUAUACAAACUAGUUUAGUUCCUUUUUUGUUAAAAAAAUACAAAAUAAAAAUAUAAUACAGAUGAACAAGAAGACAUAGAAUUGGUGAAUUUCUAACAUUUUUAUCUUGCCUGUGAACUCUUUUUAUUUGUGCAAUUUUUCAAGUUCAGAACAAACUUUUGUCUGUGAUAGAUAUUUCAUGAAUUGAACUUUAAAGAAAAUUUUAAUCAACCCUCUUUUAGUAUUUUAUUUAUUAUUUUAUUUUAUUUUAUUUAUUGAGUUGUAAAGAACUAUUUAUUGUUAUUAUUUCUCUCCUAGAUAUUGGAGACCUACUGGUCUGUAUAUUUACUUUAUAUAUAUUUAUGUGUUUAUAAUAAUAAAUGCAAGGAAGUGUACGCUCAAAUUUUAUAUUUAUGCAAGAUUUAAGUUUGGAAAUCAGAACUUCUUUAAGUCACAUCAAAAAAAUCAUAUUGUUUUAAAAGUUCAUGGAUGUUAUUAUUAAAUAAAAAAAACUUUCAAAUAAAAAGAUAAAUAAAAAUCAAACUUUUAUUUUUAUACUAAAUGUACUGUAGUAGUUUUUUAUACGGUUUUACUCUAUAAAAAGUACUUCUUCAUAAACAAGUUUCAUCAAUUUAAUUUACAUUAUAUUUCCUCCGUUCAGUCGUUACACAAAUUAAAAUGAUGUUUGUUAGCGUAUAAUUUGUUUACUGUUGUUUUUUGUUACUUGGAAGUUUAGUGUUUGUAUUUUGCUUUUUUACAUUUGUACUUGAAUUAUCCAGUUUAAGUUUAUAGCUUGCAGUUAUUAACAAGAGAAAUUAAUUAUUGUGAGAAAAGAUGUUCUCUCAGUCAAGUUGAAUCCUAUGUUCUUUUACUAUAUUGUUUCACUCCACUGGGUUUUGUAGAGUUGUUUUGCCACCAGUGUAUGUGAUAUUUAUAUGUUGUACUCAUUAUAGUGGUAUGGAUUAUGAUGUUGAUAUAAGUUUUUAUGAGGACAAUGUUUUCAGAUUGAAAUUUAUUGUAUUUUGUAUAUGUCAUACCCACAUCAAAUAUAACAUUGUUACUUAGCAUUAAAUUAUUCAUCAUGUCUUUAUCUAAAUACUUACUUCUUAUAUGAUUAUGUAACAGCACAGAUCCAUGUAAAAAUGUUUAUGUAAAUAAAUAAGUACGACUGAUUUGUAAGGUAAAAUAUUUAUACUUUGAAAUAUUUAUAAUGUAACUUUGAAAUGCUAUUCUAUUGUAAUACAUAAUUUCAAAUUUUGACCAGCUGCAUUUAUAAAAAAAAGUUUAAGAGGUUUUUACAGUAAUAGUCUGUAAAAAUUCUAAAUUUUUUGUAACCUCAGUAAAAGUCAAUUUAUCUGUAAAUAGGAUGCACUGUUGGUUUAUUUUGCUCAUUAUUUUUAAGGUGGCAAACCUGUAUUAUAAUAAAUGGCUUUUGGAGUA